GGCUCAUCGAGACACGCGCGCGAGACACGCUUUUCAAAAAAUGUACGGUAGAGCGAAAGUAAUCGAGCGAGUAGAAGACGUCAUACAAGGAAGUUUGCCAGAGACGUGGUCGUUGUAGCAGGAGGUUGAAAUCGCCGAGACUCGUUCCUGCGCAUGUACUUACGUGUCAGGACCUUUCUUCGAUGAGAACUGAUAUAUUCUUGCUCAUUCCCACACAUAAGUCAACAAAGAAUAGCAAAAUGUAGGAAGCUGUACCUGUAGUGUCUAGCAAGAAAUUCACACUGUAUGAUAAUGCUCUCUGUGUGUACAACCUCUCAAACUUCUACGAAUAUCAAAUGAGCACGUUUCUGCUGUGAAAAACACAUCUAUCUUCAUACCGACACACGUACGCGCAACUACGUGAGUCAAACUUUUCUUUGGAUCUACCGGACGACCAUAGACCUACGAGGAGCACCAGGAAACAUCAAAGCGCAUUGACGAGCACGCAGAGCAGUAUCCUGUCGCUACGAAUUUUUUACGCAGAAGAACGAGCGACCCACCGCGGCAACGGCCGGGGAGUUUGCAAAGUGUACAUACCCCAAUUUGGUGGCUACCUGACCACGCGCUUUCUCACCACCGGGCACCAUGGCGAAGUUGAUGUCAGCGCGGUCCAAGGCGCUGAUGGAGGAGGCGGGUAUGGUUCCCCCAGACGAGGAGGAGCAAUCGGAGGAGACCGAGUACCUCCGCGGCGUCUUGCUGGAUAAGGGGGAAGGUGUCAUCAUGAAAGCGUGGCGAAAAUACUUCGAUCCGUACUGCAUCGGCGACGUCACGUUCACGAAGUUUUGCAAGGUAAGUACUAUUUGGAUUUUCGUUUCGCUUAUGCAGUAGCUCUCCUUGCGCAGACAAUGCAAGCCAAACAAAGCCCAGUGCUUCCUUGUGUUGAUGCAGAAUUCCAACAAAAUUCUAAAUCGCAGGGCCUCACAUCCCUGGGCGCCGCUGGCGAAGACGCAGUGGAUCUGUGGAAAAAACUGGACUCUGAUGGCACCAAUCUUCUAACGCUCGACGAGGUCGACAUGGACUCCUUUCUCAUGAUGGAGUAUUGCCAGCGCUUCUGCGACAAAUUCGGCGGUGCCGCUGACAUGUUUGCGCAGGUCGACUACAAUCGCGACGGGCGACUGGAUAGGGAAGAGUUCGGUCUGGCCAUGCAGUCCCAGGGCUUCUGUGACGAUCCAGACUGUCCGGAAUUUUUGAACACGCCGCAGAAAGUAUCUGACCGUCUGUUUCCCGUUUGCGACGUGAAUGGGGAUGGCAGCAUUUCCAUGCUGGAGCUGGUAUUGUUUUUCACAUAAGUGUUUUUGUUCGAGGGUGGAAAUGUGAAGCUAAUGUAAACGCAGAUCAACAUCAGUUACAGCUUCAGCGCAUUUAUUGUUAAACAAUCCAAUACCAAUUACAGCUGUUCCUCGAGCGAGACGUGGAGAAGCGAAAGGAAGUCCGUGACAGGAUUUUGCAGGAGACCCACGAAAAGAAAUUCGGGAAGCCAAAGUCCAUGCUUGCACACUACAUGCUGCGGGACAUCACACGCGCAACCAAUACGAUCGACAACUACAUAAAUUUCAUGGACGAAUACGGGGGCGGAAACGACGAGAAGGGCGGCGGCUUCAAAGCAGAGGAUCUGCAGCUAUUGGUAUAGUGAGCAUUUGCGUUUCAAUUUGAAAACUAGAACUACCGCGUACGGCGCGUCGCUGUACACACGUCGUGAAGAUAUCAGUUUGGAUACUCCGAUUACGUGCGGCAUUGCUGGUGCUAGGCAAUGUAUUGCACCUUCUCUAUGAUCUUCUCACACAGGUUUCCAACAAAAAGCCAGCAUGGUACCUGAAGCUGAAAAACCAAGCACGCGGAGAGGAUCCGUGGAGCUCGCAAUUAACAGGGCAGCUUGAUGACUACUGGUCGAUGGAAAACCAGAUCGCGCUUGCAAAAAAGGAGAGCAAGAUAUUCGCGAAAAAAGCCAAUAAGACAAAGUCCCUGUCGCCGCAAAUGCCACAGCCAGUGGUGGAUAAGGAGAAAGUAAGAUUGGGCGAUUCUGUUUUUUGUGCCUGUUUGUAGUCGGAGUUUUGGAACAUCUGAUGCAAAUCCAAAUGCUCGGUCAACUCACACGUCAUUUGAUUUCAACGUCAAAACUCCAGAUUGAGACUCGCCGCUACCUGAAAGCGAUGUACCAGCGCGCAAUAGCCCGGGCGCUGGUGGCCCGCGAGCCAAACAGAAGUGCGGUACAAACAGUCGUGGUUGCGCCGCCACAGCCUGUGAGAGAAUCUGCGCCGCCGCCAGUGGCCCUGUAUGAUGCCUACAAGCCCUCCACAAAAGAGAUGGAAGCGAAACUGCGGAAAGCGACGAGCGGUGAUAAAAAGUCCGCAAUCAAGAAGCCAACGGACAUAAUGCGAUCGACGGAUCAGCUGUAUACGCAUUACGCUAAGCAGUAA